GUUUUUCUCUUUUUGCAAAACACAAUUCUUGUGUCAUUUCUAACGCGUAACUUAGCGCGGCCGAGUAAACGGAUGAACAGCAAAACAACAACAUUGCUAUGUACUACUCUGUAUAUGUUAUUUGUGAUUUUUUCAUUUUACAUAUUAAUGAGUGUGGUUUCGGGUUGUGAGCAGCCCCAGCAGCAGAGGAGCACCAGCGUAUAAUAUCAACGAAACAAAAAAAAAAAAAAUGGGAAAAAUCUAUUGUUUCAGUAUAAAUGUCACAGUGAUUUUAAUUAUUUUAUGCGGUUUUUAUACACAAUACACAGAUGGGGGUUGGAGUUCGCAGUGUUGGAAGAAACACAAUUCCGGCUCUAUACAAACGCCUGACGGUGAAUUUAAGCGCCCUUUCGGCAUACUCUGCACAUAUCAAUGCUUUUUAUGGUAUCCGCCUGUUUUCCCUUAUUGUGAAUUUAUAUUCGAUUUAAGAAUGUCACGACACUUCACAUCAUUUCCGGAUUGCUACGCCAUACAUUGCAAUGAGACGUUCACAUUUUUUGGUCAUUAAAAAAGGAUUUGCUUUUUUUAAUGGAAUGAAAGUUUUAUGUAAAUAUUAAACAUUAUUUUUA